GCUGAGACUCGCUGGAGUUCGUCGUCCGCCGGUUCUUCCAGCAUGGACAGUAGUUCGUUCGCAUGCGACUUCGUCACGCGCUUGCUUAUGGCCCAUCCGCCAUGACCUUCGACAGCGGAGAAACCUUGAAUGACUUUAUUUGGCCCAGGCCUGGGCGAGCCAUUGGGUAUAGGACUAGACUGGUGGCAACUCGAGCUUCGAGUUGCUCAGGCCAGUGUUCUACGACAUAGGGUCACGUCCAGCCCACGCUGGAGAAGGGUGCAAACCCACGUCGAACGGCUACGAUUUGGAGACGUUCAGUUCUACCUUGCCUAAGGCUCAGAUAGCUGUAGGAUGCCGGGGGAAGAGCACGCAUUCAAGAAUUCUACGAGCGCAGGGAUUUUGGAGAAUGAAAUCGGAUGAGAGGCGUGUGGCUCCCCUGGAGGAAAGAGUUGUUGUCAAGAAUGCAGUGGUCCUGCGGCCCACAUUUAAUCGGGCACCUUGGCUGGAGGAGUUGAGAAAACCGGUCGUGAUCGUGGUCGCCGUCAC